CUGUUAUACGAUGAUAAUCAAUACUUUUUGUCUAAUAGAAUGUGUUUAAUAUUACAGAUGAUGGCCUUAAUGCAGUUACAUAUUAUCAACUAAAGAGUUCGACUUGUAGAUUUAUAACUACACUAAAUGAUAUAAGUUUCUGGUGACCUAAUGACCUCUGCUAUCUUGGCUUGACUUGGGAGAAUUACUUUAUGAACAAAAGAUAGCUGUUCUUAUAUACUUGUUUGGUUUAAUAAUGUUAGAAUGGAAAGGGGACGUAUAUUUGAAAUAUUUUGUUUCAGCGUACUGAACCUUACCAUAUCUUUAGUGAAAAACUGUUCAUGAAUUGAAGGAAUAAUAUUGACAAACAAUACAUUUAUGAACAAGUGUAUUUAGAGGAAUAACUAUUGAAAGGUUCUUAGUUAUUAUUCAAUAAAGCAAUCACCACAGUACUACGAAAGAGAUUUCUAUGCGCAAACAGGUACUAUAAGAGAGGAUGAAUUGGCGUUUACAACUAACAUUAAAACUCUAUCAAACCAAACGCGGAAAUAGAUAGAUGUCUACCAUUUACUCAAUUAUCUGCGCGCGAUAACGGAACAAUGUCAACAAAACGACAAGAAUGCAGGCAAUCAGCUGAAAUUAGAUGUUCAAAAGAAGCGACCCAGGUAUCAGACAAAUGUCAGGAAUUAGAACCAGUAACAACUGAACAAGAACAUGUUCAGUCCCUUCACACAGACUAUGAUGAAUUCCAAGAAGAGCUUAUAACUAUUGAACAAGAAAGUGUGCAAGCCCCCGACGGAGGCUGGGGAUGGUUCGUGGUUCUAGGGUCAUCAAUAGUACAUGCUUUAAUAGGAGGAUUCGAGCGCUCAAACGGAGUGAUGUACUUACAAUUGUUAUCAAGAUAUAAGCAAAGUGCCACUGCUACUGCGUGGGUUACCUCGCUUUUCUCUUCACUCAGACUUGCUAUGGGUCCUCUUGCAAGUGUAUUGUGUAAUAAGUUUUCUUGCCGUACUGUGGUAUUUCUUGGAACAGCUAUAUCAUCAUUUGGAGUUUUGGUUUCCGGUUUUGUGCCGGAUCUACCAUAUCUGUAUCUCACAUAUGGAAUACUUUUUGGUAUUGGUGGUGCAUUUGUUUACACGCCAGGACUAAUAAUAGUCGGGAACUAUUUCAGUAAAAAGCGUGGUAUUGCUGUAGGUCUAGCUACUUCCGGUGUUGCUUUCGGAAGUUUUCUACUUCCUCCAUUGACGGACCUACUUUUCAACAAUUAUGGAUUUUCGGGUACAUUUGUCAUCCUUUCGGGCAUUAUGUGCAAUUUCUUUGUUUGCGCUGCUUUGUUCAGACCUUUGAAACUCCAGAGAAGACUUAUAUCUCUAAAAAGGAAAAGCUCCUGCAGGUUGGAGAUGGCAAAACAUAGCUUAUUACCAGUCCAAAAUAGAGUAACACAAAACGAAGCUACCACGGUCCAUGAGACAUGCAGUACUACACUACCAUUGACGAUUUCUGAAGCAAAAACCGAUGAGUAUUCAAUGUCCACUGAUAUGAAACGUUCGAAUUUUAAACAAAAUUUGAAAAGCUCUGAUUCAUACCCUGUCACAGCGAAAAGAACACGUCUAUUAGAUUUGUCUCUAUUUAAAAGUUUUGCGUUCUGUGCACUAUGUAUCCAACUAUUUUUAUUUACAUUGUCUUUAAAUUCGACAUUCGUAUUUCUGCCUGCUUUAGCAGAAGAAAAUGGCGUAACGCCGGUUGAAGGUGCUUAUCUUGUCUCUUUGCUUGGUAUAUUGGACGGUGUAUCAAGGCUUGUGAUGUCAUCUGUGUUAGACUUCCAACCCGUUAAACCAUAUAGACUGUUAAUCUACAAUAUUGUGAUGUUUUUUGUCGCUAUUGUUUCUGUUCUGAUACCAUCAAUGAAAGGUUUCUGGCAGUUCGCUGUUGUAAGCGGACUGUAUGGUAUACUUAGUGGUGCGUAUAUGUCUCAGAAGUCAGUGGUGGUAGUAGACAUUUUAGGUGCAGACAGUUUGUCAAGUUCGCUUGGAUUUCUGCUGUUUUUCCAGGGAAUUGGUGGACUUGUAGGACCUACAGUUGGUGGUUUGUCUAAAGACUAUCUCGAUAAGUAUGAUAUGGUGUUCUACUUCGGAUCCCUCGGUAUUGCUACAGGAGGAAUAACAAUGGCAGCUGGAAAUAUUUGGUUGUACAGACAGAGAAAGAAAAAACAAGACCAUGUCCCCUGCUGCCUUUACUGCUUCAGAAUGGAACAACAAGAAUGCAAACUCGAGUCUUUUUCUGACGCCGAAAGCGACGGACGACAAUACGGAAUCAAUGAAAGAGAAAAUACGUUCCAACGCGAAAUAACCAAUCACAGUGCGCGUACUAUAAAUGAAGAACCAAUAUUUAGAGAAUAUCAAGAGAGAAAAGCUCCCGAUAAUGGAUGGGCGUGGUUUGUUUGUCUUGGAGGUUUCCUGGUUCACUUUAUCAUGGGUGGGUUUGAGCGAUCUAACGGCGUGAUUUAUCUUCAAUUACUGUCACGUUUUAAUCGAAGUGCGACCGCUACAGCGUGGGUAAUGUCUAUUUUCUCCACACUAAGACUUGUGCUUGGUCCUCUCGCCAGUGCACUGUGUAACAGAUUUUCCUGUCGUUUCGUUGUUAUGCUUGGUUCUGCUAUAUCAGUUCUUGGAAUAUUGUUAUCGGGAUUCGUAAGCGAUAUUUCGUAUAUGUACAUCACGUACGGACUUCUUGGUGGUCUUGGGAGAGCUUUAGUGUAUACUCCUGCUGUCAUUGCUGUAGGACUCUACUUCAAUAAACGCCGUGGUAUUGCUGUCGGUAUUUCAACUUCUGGUGUUGGAUUUGGUUGUUUCCUAUUCCCGCCUACUAUCGAGCUAUUGUUUGAACAUUUCGGGUUUUUGGGGGCGUUUCUCAUACUGACAGCGGUUAUCAGUAACUUUUUUGUAUGCGGUGCUCUGUUUAGACCACUAGAGUUACAAUGGAGACUUACAGAAUUUGAAUGGAAAAAGACCAACGGAAACCUUAUGGGAGAGAAAAUGAAAUUUUCAAACGAUUAUCAAACAGCAGACGACAUUAAGCAUGAAGCAGCAGACGUAACUAAUACUUCAGACCAAACAACACACUUAAACACUAAUGUCGUAGUUAUCAAAGAGCAAGACAUUGAAGUACAUCAGAUAGUUUUAAAAAGGAAAUUAUCACGAUUUAAGACCUUGUUUUCAAGUUCUUCAUCAUCCAAGCAGAGAAAACCAUUGUUAGACUUUGGACUGUUCAGAAACUUUGCAUUCUGUGCACUGUGUAUUCAGAUAUUUUUGUUUACCCUGUCGAUUAAUAUAAGUUCACUAUUCCUACCUGCUCUUGCUCAGGAGAAAGGCGUCUCAAAUAUAGAAGCAGCCUACCUGGUAUCAAUUCUUGGCAUAUGUGAUGGUAUAUGUAGGAUCGUUUUAUCUACAAUUUUAGAUCUUAAACGUGUUAAGCCGUACAGAUUGGUUAUAUACAAUUGUGUUAUGUUUUUCACGGCAGUAGUAUAUUUUUUACUUCCAUCAAUGACAAACUUUAGCCAAUUUGCCGUAGUUUGUGGACUGUACGGAAUGUUGUCUGGGACAUAUAUAUCACAAAAGUCCGUUGUGGUAGUAGAUGUUUUAGGUGUAGCAAGUCUGUCAAGCUCCUUUGGCUUUUUAAUGCUGGCUCAAGGUUUGAGUAACCUGAUUGGUUCAACAAUCGGAGGUAUUUUCAAAGACUUUCUUGGUACCUACGACAUGGCUUUCUAUUUCGCUGCGAUUGGUAUUUUGUUAGGAGGAUUAGCUAUGGCAGCUGGAAACAUUUGGUUGUACAAAUGUAAAAAGAACAGAACAAAUUGGGAAGCAUGAUAGGAAGGGACUUACAACGCUACAAUAACAAAUACCAUCUAACAUAUUUCUUUACUGGCACGUUUUCUUCGGAAUUUAUUUUGAUGGAUUAUUGAUAUAUGCUUGAUGAUAUUGUAUGUUAGUAAGAUUGAUUUCAAUGGAAAAUGAUUUCAUUUUUGUUACCUAUAUCUUAACCGAGGCAAAUGUAUUUUUAAUUUAUUUCGAUUAAAGAAAGAUCAUAUUAAGAAGUGUUAUAACAUGAUUCUUUCCAUUUAGCCUUUAACAAAGAACGUUUGCUGUAUUAUAUAUUGAUUAUAAAGAAUGUUAACAUUUUAUUUGGUUGUACCUAAACGGUUAUUUGCAAUAAAACAAUAUAUUGUUCAUGAUAAACAACAGUUUAUAUA